AUGGAUAACAUGCAGCAGCCCGUCCAACGCUUCAAAUCCUCGUGCACCGAGUGUCAACGGCGGAAGCAGAAGUGUAAUCGCAUUUAUCCCUGCUUGCACUGCAAGAAUCGCUCAACGCAACGCGAAUGUCGGUUUAUAGAGAAAUCGGCAACCAAAGCGAGUGAACGGGGCCAAGUGAAAGGUGCAACGGCAACUGAGGCAGCCGCCAAAGUCACAGCAAAAGGCCAGGGAGCUGGCUCGAAGAGACGCUACGACAGCAGCGACGAUUCCGACUCUGACUAUGAUUCCGAGUCUGAUCUUGACGAGGACAGCGGGAAGGGAUCUUGCAGGCAGGACAGCGCCGGUACGAAUCGCAGGCAUCGUCCACAGGGAAAACAGUACAUUAGGUCGCCUGCAACCUGUCCAGAACUGCAGAGUGCCUUGGACGCUCUGCCGAGGCGGGAACACGUGGAUGCUCUUGUUAUCAGCUUUUUCCGAAACGUCAAUCCUCAUUAUGGUAUCAUCCACAAAACCGACUUUAGCCGCGAAUACGACCGUUGGUGGAAACGGAGGGAGAGGAACCAUGCGCUGCCCAUUCCCUUGACAUGCCUUCUACUGAUGAUGUGCGCAUGUGCGUGCCAGCAUCUACCGGUCGACAUCCAGGCGAGGCUUGAGGGGCUGCUCAACGCCAGCUGCCAGGACCGCACUGAGACUUACCAUUAUCACGCACGAUGCCUCCACGGCGUGGCGCCUGUCGGACGCUACCACAGGAACAAUGUUUUGUGGCUCUUGCACUCGGUUUACUGGUACAAAGCCGAAGCCAUGUUUACAGAAUGCUGCCAUAUGUUCAACACGGCUGUUCGGGAAGCCCAGGAGCUCGGAUUUGACACAGAAAAAGAUGCUGAUGUUCUGCCGAAUUUUGAGCUGGAGAUGCGGCGGAGAGCUUGGUGUGUGAUAGAUUCGUGGGACUGGCAAAUAGCCUCAGGACUGUUUCGAAAGACCUUGAUUGAUCACAGCAAGUGCCGCGCCGGCCGCCCUUCAUUGACCCUCGAACCAGACGGGCAGUUUUCCCCUUUGUUGCACAUGACCAUGCAGACGGAGCUGGUCCAUCAACUGGCCGAGCGAUUCUCUGCCCCAUUGAACGUGAAAACUCACGAGCAGCUCAUGGAGUACAAGGGCAUGAUUGACGACUGGAUGCUAAGGUUCCCCCCCAUCUUUGCAUUGGAGAACCCAGAUACGUCCAAUGACAAGAAACAGGCCUGGAUCGAGUAUCAUCGCCACUACAACUACACGAUGGGAUACAUGAUGCUCCUGAACCCGUUCCGAUCACAUAUGAGGGAGACAUACACGGACGAAUCUUCGGAAGAAAUGUUGGAGCUUCGCCGGAUAGUUAUUGACUUGACACUGCUCCUGGUGAAAGUGUUGGACAACUGGCUCAAGUUCCUCACCUUUCGCGAUGGGCGUUUCCAUUUCAUCAUAUUUUCUCUAGUCGAUACGGCAACGGUGCUCAGCAACGUGGUGAUCAACGACGAGGCCGGGACAGUUCCUCGAAAAGACGAUAUCUACCGUGCUGCCAAGACUGCCCUGGUGCUUCAGAGGAAGCUCUUAUUCUUGUCGGAAUCGGCCAAAGUGGGAUUCAGGAUUGUUCAGAAACUCGUCAGAAGCAUGUUUCGCCGUACGCCU